AUGAUAGUAGUGGUGUUCAUCGCAAUCGUGCUGCUAGGAGCACGAGCCGUCGAGGCCGACCUGUGCCAUCAUUGCGAGUGCGACUUCAUCUCCGAUUCGGUUGUCUGCAAUCGUCCGUCGCUUCUUAUUCGUACCGUAUCAAUGCUACCAAAUAUCCGCCAACUACACCUAACCAAAGUGGUCCUUCCGCAACCUCCUCACUUCUUAUUCCAUCCAUCUCUUCGUGUUCUUCGUAUGAGCUCUUGUGGAAUGCAGGAAGUGCCAUCGAGCACGUUCCUUCCUCUUCCGAAUCUCGAAGUCGUCGAUCUGUCGAACAACAAACUCGAGACGAUUCCGGCGACAUUGCUGCGAGGCCUCAAACGACUCCGCGUGCUCAAUCUCUCCAACAACAAUAUUUCGAAUCUCGAGGCUCUCGUGUGGAUCCUCGCCGACAAUCUUGUGCUCGACCACCUCGAUUUGUCCAACAAUCCGAUUGCAAUUGCUACGUCGUUGACGGUUUUUCCGCCUGUCCGACAAAUCUUCAUCUCGAAUUCGCGGCUCGAGCGAAUCGACGACGACGUCAUUUUAUUUGAGGAAUCGCCGGGAAAAUGCGAAUCGAAAAUGUGUCGAAGUCUUCCGAUUCGAAAUUUGAACACGUCCCUCAUCAAUACCAUCGAUCUCUCAUCGAAUCCACAUUUGCACGUCGAAGUUGCAGCUCUCGAAGUUUUCUCAAAUGCGACCUACAUGAAUUUGGCCCAAAUCAAUCUGCCAAACGGCUUCGAAGAAUGGCUAGAAAUGAAGAGCCACGUGAAGAAUUUGAAUAUUUCGCAUUCCAAAAUUCCGCUGAGAGACGAAACAUGGCAAGCAUGUGGCCAAUACCUCGAAACUCUCGACAUGUCAGGAAUCGGAUUGAAAAUGUUGAAAUUGUCGAGAUAUUGUCCAGCUAGAACCAUCUAUUCGCGAAACAAUCUCAUUUCUUCAAUUUUCGUCGAAUCAAUUGCAAUUGAAGCUCUACACCUGGAUGGUAACAUGUUCAGCGAAUUUCCAGUGCCACCACCAGGAGUUGAAUUGGACCAACUUCACACCUUGAGCUUAUCGUGUAAUAUGCUGACAUCUCUUCCGCCGCAUUCUCUCGUCGGAUAUCCGAAUCUGCAGCAUUUCGAUAUUUCUCACAAUCAAAUUAGCGAGAUCGAUCCAAUGGCUUUUCCGACAAUUGGAUUGGGCCUCAUUUCGCUGGAUAUGUCGUCGAAUCAGCUUUCAACUCUUCCUCAUCCCAUUCUUCCUUCUCUUCUGCUUCUCGACCUCUCUUCAAACACUAUUGCUACUCUUGAUCCCCACUUCUUCACCGGACUUCCGAUGCUUCAGCAAUUGCGCAUCGCCUCUAAUCCGACGCUAUUCUCUCGGUGUACUCCGCACGGAGCCGCAUGUUGGUCGGACCAUCUCGACGAGCUCACUUCUCUCAUCGACCUCGACAUAUCCAAUUGUGGUCUCGAAGUGUCGCUGCAUUUGGCGCAUUUGCACACUCUUCGAACUCUUUUGUUGCGCGGUAAUGAGAUUCGAGUCAUCGAUGCGCAUUCUUUGCCCGAAAAUUUGCGGACAUUAGAUCUUGGAGAGAAUCGAAUUCAGUUCACCUCGAAUUUCUCGAGAAUGGAAAAAUUGAGGGAUCUUCGAGUAGAUCAAAAUCCGCUUCGUUGCGAUUGCUCUCUAUACGAUAUUGUGUCGCAUCUGCUCAAUCAAUCGCAGAUCGCCGAUCCUCUUCUCUAUUAUUGUUUCGCCGGCUCUUGGCAAUACCCUUUGCUACCGUAUCUCGCCGCUGUGAAGCCGUGCUCCGACAGUGUCAAAGGAUUCUAUUCGAUUCUGAUUAUGACAUUCCUCAUCUCAAUUCUCAUCGUCGCUUCAUUCGUCGGCGGCUAUUUCAUCUACAGAAAAUGGUUUGAUCGCGGUGAUUUCGUCUAUAAACGCGUGGCAAUUGUCGAACCACCGGUGCGCCUUUAA